AUGUCAGCCACACCACAAGAUGAGGUAUCUACGAGUAUUUCAGCCACACCACAAGUUGAGGGAGCCUCAGUGGAUGACGAAGAGUUAGGGAAAACAAAGACUGGUGAUUUUAAAAUGCUCAUAAAGAAGGAUUUGCAAUAUCUUGUAGGGAACAUAGAAAAACUCCCAGAUUCUGCCCGUAAAUUAUUCAAUGAGGCAAAAUUGUAUCUCAUGGCUGAGUCUUCUGACAGCAGCACCAAGGAAGGUUUUGUCUCACUCUCAACACAUGUUAACACUGUUUUAGGCAGUUCUCAAACAGACAGUAAGAACCCGAGCAGCAAGGAAAGUCUGUUCACACCACUAAAGAAGUCAGCUCCACUUUAUUACGCCCAGACAUACAUCCAGUGGAAGUCAGCCCAGGACCUCAGGGACCUUUACGGCAUCUGUUUGCCCAAGAGGAAGACAAUCUAUCUUCAGCCCAUUGAUGAAUUUCCUGAUUUCAUCAACACUUUUCGAUUAAAGACACAUCAUUUGAAUUUGAACUUUUUUGAAACUCUUCAAGGCUUUUGCCAGAUAUUUUUUUCUGGCUUUGAGGUGCUUGUAAGACCCCCUUUGUCACUGGAAGGCGGUGGUUGGUCUGUAAGAUCCCGGUACCACGAGUCCACCAAAACUAAACAGUACUGUGUCAAUGACUUUUACCCGUUGUUGCAAAAGGCUCUUCCAGCAGAUGGGUUUUGCAUUGCUGGCAUAAUAUGGACGGAUAUUUUUCCAGAGGACUACAAUUUUGUCUUGGGAGAGGCCUCAGUUAAACACCAGGCAGCUGUAGUCAGUUUUGGGAGAUUUGAACCUCUUGGCUUUGACAGUGAUAGCCAUUCAGAUGUGAACACAAUAGAUGGAAUUGUCAUGUGGAAACUUUUCAAGUCACUGAGCCACGAACUGUGUCAUCUCUUUGGACUGGAGCAUUGCACCUUUUUCUUGUGUGCCAUGAACGAGAGCUCUAGCGUGUCCGAUGCCAUGUCUCACCCUUUGUUCCUGUGCCCGGUGUGUUUGAGGAAACUCCAGCAUGUGUGUGGCUUUGACGUACUGGAGCGUUACCAGCAGCUGAAGCAGUUCCUCAGCACCGUUGUCAGUCAGCUGGAGCACACUUCACAGUUGGAGGAAGCUCUGGCUUGGUUGGAUUUGUGUGUUGGGUAUUUGAAUUCUUAG